CGUCGCAUAUGCGAAAGCUAAAGUUUAUCAUAACCAGACGAAACUCUAACCCGAACCGACCAAAUGCAACAAUUCCUCUUUGUUUAUUCAAUUGCCCAAUCCCUAAUCAUCCUUCUUCAAACCUAAUUUACUCAUUGAUUGAUUGAUUCCUUAGUAAUUUCAACAUUUCUGUUGUUCGGUUGAGUUUUAUUAUUUUAUUUUAUAUCUAAUAAGAAGAAGAAAUUGGGAUCGCUGCAUGAAAGAGAAGAAGGGGGGAACUGAGUAGAGAUAGGAGAGGAGAAAUUACAGAGCAGACGGAAGCUAAAACAUGUCUGCAAUUCUGUGCGGAAAGAGAUCCUUCUUUGAAGAUAUAGCUGCAUCUCCUCCUGUUUCUAAAAGAAUUCGUUGUUCUUCUUCUUCUCCUGUGCGCUUCUCCUCUUUUUCUUCCAAUCUCUCUCCUCCUGCUCCUUCUUCCCAUAUCUUCGAUCAGCUCGCUGCUAUUUUCCCUCACAUGGACAAGCAGCUUCUUGAGAAAGCGCUUGAAGAAUGUGGAGAUGAUUUGAAUUCGGCUAUUAGAAGUUUGAACGAGCUUCGUUUGGGAUCUGCUGAUCGGAACGAGGCCUCAGAAGCCAACUUUCAGCUUCAUCCGCUAGGCUCAGCAACAGUUAAUGGAGAGGUUCCCCCUACUGAGUAUCCAUCUGCUUCAAAGGUCAUUCAACUGGAUGGUGUGGAAUGGGUUGAGCAUUUUGUUAGAGAAAUGAUGAGUGCUUCCAACAUUGAUGAUGCCAGAGCCCGUGCUUCUAGAGCAUUAGAGGUUUUGGAGAAGUCCAUCUGUGCACGUGCUAGUGCUGAGGCUGCCCAAAGCUUUCACGAGGAAAAUAAGAUACUAAAGGAACAAGUGGAAGCACUUAUUCAGGAAAAUAUUGUUCUCAAGAGAGCUGUGGCUAUUCAGCAUGAACGUCAGAAGGAGUAUGAAGAUCGGAGCCAGGAGUUGCAGCACCUAAAGCAGUUAGUGUCCCAGUACCAGGAGCAGUUGAGAACACUAGAGGUGAACAACUAUGCAUUGACAAUGCACCUGAAGCAAGCGGAGCAGAGCAACUCUAUCCCAGGGCGUUUCCACCCGGAUGUUUUCUAAUAAUUGUUUAAAAUAUUGAGUUGGCUCUGUGGAUAGAAUAUAAAAAAAAUGCACCUUUUGAGCACAACAGGAAAGUGGUAGCAGUGUGAUAUGCAGGGUGUUGAAUUUUGAAUCCUGUUGUCAUUUAGUGCAUUUUUCAUAAAGGGAUUACAUGUCCUAAGAGAUGGAUUUAUCAAAAGCCUAUCAAGAAGAUUGUUAAGUUCUUGUUUUUGUUGUUGCUGUAAUUGAUUUGAAGUGGAUACGAUAUUCAUAGACUUUCUAUUAGUAGUUAUCUGUAGCACUGAUAUGAUACAAAAGCAUUGGUGGUGGAUGACUAAUUGAAGAAGUAAAAAUUAUAAAUA